CCUUCGACUGCUCAGAGUGCGGCAAGAGCUUCACCAGCUCCAGCAAACUGCUGCAGCACAACCGCGUGCACUCCAGCGAGAGGCCCUUCACCUGCUCCGACUGCGGCAAGAGCUUCAAGAUGGCGCAUCACCUGAAGAGACAUCGGCAAGUGCACACAGACGAGAGGCCCUUCACCUGCUCCGACUGCGGCAAGAGCUUCAAGAUGGCGCAGGUCCUGAAGAUCCACCAGAUGGCACACACAGGCGAGAAGCCCUAUGGCUGCUCCACCUGUGACAUGAGCUUCAAGACAGCGCAUCACCUGAAGAUGCACCGGUGGGUGCACACGGGUGAGAAGCCCUAUAUCUGCUCCACCUGCGGCAAGAGCUUUGCCCAGUUGUGGGGGCUGCUAAAUCACCGGUGGGUGCACACGGGCAAGAAGCCUUAUGGCUGCUCCACCUGUGGCCAGAGCUUUGCCCGGUUGUCGGGGUUGCAGGAGCACAGACGGGUGCACAGCAGUGAGCGGCCCUUUACCUGCUCCGAUUGUGGCAAAGGCUUCAAGUCGUCGAAGGAACUGAAGAUGCACAGGCGCCUGCACACCGGGGAGCGGCCCUACACCUGCACCCAGUGCGGCAAGAGCUUCACCUACUCCAACUACCUGCUGGUGCACCAGCGCACCCACACCGGCGAGCGCCCCUACACCUGCACCCAGUGCGGCAAGGGCUUCACCCAGUCCCACACCCUGCUGUCCCACCAGCGCACCCACACUGGCGAGCGCCCCUUCACCUGCGCCCAGUGCGGCAAGGGAUUCACCCGCCCCUCCAUCCUGCUGGAACACCGGCGCGCUCACACUGGCGAGCGGCCCUACACCUGCACCCAGUGCGGAAAGGGCUUCUCCCGCUCCUCCAAUCUGCUGUCCCACCAGCGCACUCACACUAGCGAGCGCCCCUACGCCUGCACCCAGUGCGGCAAGGGUUUCACCAACUCCACCAGGCUGCUGUCCCACCAGCGGGUGCACACCGGUGACCAUCCCUUCCCCAGCCCAGUGUGUGGAGCACGCUUUGCCAUGGACUCCCACGCUCUGUCUCAUCAGCGCUUGCACACAAGUGGCCAGCCCUAAGACUGACAGUACUGUGGUGAGGCUUUUGACAGCUCGCGGGGGUUGUGGCAGCACCGGCGGGCCCACGCCGGUGAGCAGCUGCUUCCACUGUGACAAGACAGCACGGGGGCUGCGGGAGCACCAGCGGAUACACACCAGAGAGAGAACCUUUGUGUGCGCUGAAUGUAGCAAGGGUUUCAUCCGCAUGUCCAGCCUGUGGCAGCACCG